AUGGCAACAUCUCUUUUUCAAUCGAUAUUUCAUCCAAGUGAAAUUGUAGCUUUAAUUCAAUAUAAGUUUCUUAAGUCUUCACCUAUUCAUGUAAUUCCUCCUGAACAAAAAGCAAAAAUUCGCUGUUAUGAAUUUUUAAACAAAACUUCUAGGUCAUUUGCUGCUGUUAUUCAAGAAUUGGACGAUGAAAUUAGAGACGCCGUUUGUAUAUUUUAUCUAGUGUUACGUGGGCUUGAUACCAUUGAAGAUGAUAUGUCGAUUCCUAUUGAAAAGAAAGAACCUUUAUUGAGAGAUUUUCAUAAAACAAUUUAUAAGAAAGGAUGGACUUUUGACGAAAACGGUCCGGAUGAAAAAGAUCGGCAAUUACUUGUGGAAUUUGAUGUCGUAAUUGAAGAAUUUUUAGGUUUGAGAAAAAAGUUUCAGAAUGUUAUUGCAGAUAUUGCUGAUAAGAUGGGAAAUGGUAUGGCUGAUUAUGCAAAGGAUGCAGCAUAUAAUAAAUAUGGAGUUAUGACAAAUAAAGAUUUUGAUUUAUAUUGUCAUUAUGUUGCUGGAUUGGUUGGAAUCGGUUUAAGUAGUUUAUUUAGUACAAGUGGAUUGGAAAAACCGGAGUUAGCUAAAGAAACCGAACUCUCGAAUUUGAUGGGAUUGUUUUUACAAAAAACGAAUAUUAUAAGAGAUUACUUGGAAGAUCUAUUAGUAAAUCGUAGAUUUUGGCCAAAAGAAAUUUGGACAAAAUAUGUUGACGAUUUAGCGGAUUUUAGAAAACCAGGAUAUGAAAAGAAAGCAGUUGAUUGUUUAUCAACAAUGAUAUUAAAUGCUUUACAACAUGCUCCUGAAUGUUUAACUUAUAUGAAUAAAAUACAGAAUAAAAGUAUAUUUAGUUUUUGUGCUAUACCUCAGGUAAUGGCUAUUGCUACUUUAGCUUUAUUAUUUAAAAAUUAUAACGUUUAUCAUUCAGUCGUUAAAAUUCGUAAAGGUGAAACUGUUAAGUUGAUUCUAAAAUGUACGAAUAUUUAUGAAGUCGCAAAUAUCUUUCGCUAUUAUUCAAAAGUCAUUAUUCAAAAGAAUGAUAGUAAAGAUCCAAAUUUUAUGAAAAUUAGUGUAGCAUGUGGAAAGAUCGAACAGUGGUGUCAAACAAACUUACCAGAUAUAGAUUCAUAUUCAUCAUCUCAGCAAGACAAUAAUGAUAUAGUGAUUUUCCUUAUCGGAUUUAUUCUAUCGGCUUUUGCUGCUUAUUUAUUAUAUUAUGUAAAUCAGGAACACUUAGAUUAUAAAGGAAGAGAAACUUUAGAUGUUUUUGAUUAA